AUGCAGAAUGCAGCGUCGUCCAACUUGAGCAUGGAAAAACGGAUUGACCAUUUGAAGAAAUUCUCUAGCAAUAUCACGGGGAUGAUCUACGAGUUGAAGGACUUGAUAAAAAUUCACGAAAUUUUAAUUUAUAAAGAAAAGCUCAAAAGCACUAAAAAUGAGCAGCUGCAGAAGCACCAGGAUGAUAUCAUCGCGCUCAAGCUCGACCUCGAAUCGAUCACAAAGGAAAACGAUAAUAUGGAUGGACAGCUGAAGUAUUACAAAAAGAUUGACGAGUCGAUUAACUACGAAAUUGUUAACACGUCGGUGAACAUACAGAAUAUGAAGCUUGACAUAAACAAGCAGAAGAAGUAUUUAAAAAAAUUUUUGUCUCAGAACAUCGAGAUGAAAAGUGAUAUCGACCAAAUGAAGAACGUAAGACAUGAGCGGUGA